AUGGCAGAUGGACAGGAGUCAUUCUCAGUCCCCUUUGAAAAAUUAAAUGGGAGCAACUGGGAGGAGUGGUCAAGGAAGCUGAAGGCCUGGCUGGUAGCCAAGGGUCUGUGGGAGGCGACCCAAGGGCCCCCACAGCAAGCUGCAGCCGGAGCUGCAGCAGCGGUUGUUGCAGCUGCCCAAGCCUCACAGAGGAAAGACCAGAAAGCCCUAGGAACUAUAGUGCUCAGUUUGGAGGGCUCACAGCUACCUUUGGUGGAGGGUCUUGAGACUGCCCAGGAGGCCUACCAGGCACUAGAGAGAGUGCAUCACAGGACCACAGCUGGGGCAAAGAUCCACACCACCAGAAGCUUGUUUGAGCUGAAGCUGCGUCCUGGUGAUAGCAUCAGACAGCAUGUGACUAAGAUGCUCUCUGUUUUCAACAAGCUGAGACUGUUGCAAGUCAACUUUACUGAGGAACUGGAAGUUUAUAUUUUGCUCAGCUCUUUGGACAAAAGUUAUGACAAUUUGUGUCUAACUUUGGAAUCGAUGAAUCCAGCGGAUCUUACGCUGCAGUAUGUGACUGGGCGUUUGUGUGACGAGGAGGAACGCUGUCUCAGAGAGGGCCGAGCUGGCGCAGGGUGCCCUGCCGGUAACAGAGGGGGGGGGGCAAGCCAGAAGGCACAGUUCAGGCUUUUUCCACUCGUCGUUGUUUUGUCUGCGGGUCUGUUGACCAUCUGCGUCGGUCCUGUCCGAGGAGAGCUAGAGAGGCCGGGCAGGAUGUCUCCAAGGUCGCUUCCCAUGGCAGUCAGCCAAGUCCUCGUGGCAGCCAGCCAGGUUUCCAUGGCAGCCAGUCUAGGAGAGGAGGCCAGCGUGGGAAUGCAAAAGGAGGACGUGACAGAGGACGUGAGAAGGACGGUUCUUAUCACCUAG